GAAAAUGCACCUACUUAGCAGCCUAGUGCGGGAAAGGUGCUGAGCGUUUGCUGAUUCUCAACUUCAGAGAGAGAGAGAGAGAGAGAGAGUGAGAGAGCGCGAGAGAGAAUGGUAGGGUUACCGUUCGACUGCUUGGCGAACCCUCUCGGAGCCGUACGAUUGACAUUCGAGAAGGCGGUGGCCUCAGGCACAGAUCCCGCCACACUCGGCGGCAAAGAUUGGGGCGCCGUCGAUCUCUUCCGUCGCUUUCUCUUCGAGGACGGCGCUCUUUCUCAGGUACCAAUUCUUAGUCCUGCAAGUAUUCGAUGGAUUAAGCCCAACACCCUGGUUCGCUUCCGGGGGAUGAUUCAAGACAUGUUGGGCAAUGAAUUUUAUGUUGGUGCUUAUAAGAAUGGCUCCACGUGGAGAACCAACAAGUUCAUGGAUGUUUCUCAAUUUCCUCUUGGUUCAUCAUCUGAUACGCAAGUGUGGGAACGUCGAAUGCUAUACUGUGUUCCAAUUCCAGGGCAGAAUGAAUGGACUGAAUCUAAUUCUGAGGCGGUGAUGAAUCAAUAUAGAAAUUGGACUUCUCAACACAGAGAAAAACGCCAGAGAGAGGAUGAGGCAGCUACCAGUCACAUGGAUUUGCUUGUCCCAGGUCACAAUUUUCACAUUUCUCCAAGUAGCAAAAAGAUGAGAGAAGACGAGUUUUCUUCCCGGUCUUGUGGGAUGCAGGAGUCUGUAACUCAAGGCAGCUGUUCUUCUAUGAGUCCAAUGCCCCUAUUUGACAAUGCUCUUUGUUGUCUAGUUAAGGUAUAUGAUUCUCCAGAGUCUGACUUGAAGCUAAAUGAUGCUUUUGAGUUUGUUGGUGUCUACACUUUUGAUCCAGAGAUAAUGACAGACAAGGAUGAUUCUGAUGAGUUUUCGAAUGGCCUUUGUGAAGAUGUGUCUAAUCAACUUCCACCUAGCAAGGUUCCACGUCUCCAUUGUUUUGUACAUCGAAAGCUGGCUCCUACUGACUUUCUGUGUGGUUCCCACAAAAUGGAGCCAAAGCCCCACUUGGUUAAAGAGUUGAGGGAGGCUCUGUUAGUGCAUCUCACGGCUGUCCUCGGCAAUGAUGGUUUAGCAGCUCAUUUCAUGUUGUUGCAUCUUUUGUCCAGGGUGCAUGCUAGAGUUGAUACUGUUGCUGUGGGGAAGCUUUCACUAAAUCUUUCCUGUCUUAACAAAGAAAGUGCUUCUGUAUUCCGUAAUCGGAUUAGUCUUGCUCUUGAGAAUCUUAUUCCUUUCACACAUUCUAUUCCUCUUACAGUGGAGUAUCUUAAUUCUGCUUCUCUUGGCCCAAGAAAGGAUUAUCAGACAAAUAGAUUGGUAACUGGAGUUCUGCAGCUAGCUGAUGGCUCACACCUAACCAUUGAUGAAACCCAACUGGAAGCUGGAACUCUCAACUCCAUUGGGGUUGAAAAUGCAAGGUUGCUAAAGAACCUUACAGAGUUACAAAAGGUGGAAUAUGACUUCACAUACUACAAAAUGGAUAUGGCAGCUGAUGUUCAAUUACUAAUUCUUUCGGAUGGGAAAUCAAACAUACUGCCAGCUGAUGUAGUUCUACCAUUCCAGCCUUCAUCAGUGGGUUCCUGCGAAGUUAUUGUGACUGAAACAUUUGAAGCUUGGAGAUGGUAUUUGGCUACACUGAAAUCACUUUCACAUACUAUCGAGUCUGAAAUGCAGAAGGUGGUAGAAGAUGACAUGGUGGCAGCCAGGCAAGCGGAUCGGAACCUGGGCAGCCAAGAUUUUAGCAGAUGGCUGACAAUGGGUCGUCUAAUGUCAUUAAGUUUUGGGGAAACAUGUCUCACACGGGACCACUGGCAAAUGGUGAAGGAACUUGAGAGGUUGAGAAGGGAGAGGCUCAAGUGAACAUGUAUAUGGAACUCAGUUUCACUGAAAUUGGAAUGCUUGAAUUGCAAGAUGGGACUGAUCACACUUCCGGAAUGAUCCAUACAGAAAUGUCUUGGUCUUCUAUCCUUGUAAACAACUGGUUUGGUUGUGGCAGUCCGCCAUGUGUUUAUUUAUGCUUUUGUCUUUUGCCCUAAGAAUCUGGUUUGUUCCAGUAAUGUAUUUUGUAUAUAUAUUGGGCACAAUUUUUGAAAACCUUGAAAUAUCCUUCAUUUCUGAUCAA